CCACAGAUGGUUUGGUACCGGUCCACCCGAGUUGGUUGCGCAGUCGCCUACUGUCCUCAGGGGGAAUAUACUUACUACUACGUUUGCCACUACUGUCCUGCAGGAAACGUCCAGGGCAAAAUCCCUACGCCGUACAAAUUGGGAAGUCCUUGUGCAGACUGCCCAAAUGCGUGUGAGAACAACCUCUGCAUUUGUACACACUUCACAAUUCUUGGCAUCUGUCAUUCCAGAGGAAACGUCCAGGGCAAAAUCCCUACGCCGUACAAAUUGGGAAGUCAUUGUGCAGACUGCCCAAAUGCGUGUGACAACAACCUCUGCACCAAUCCUUGCCCGCAUAAUAAUAAGUUUGGAAACUGCCCUGACUUGAAACGUAAUUCCGGAUGCAACCUUCCCCAGAUGAAGGAGUGGUGCCCAGCCAGCUGCCAAUGCACCAACGAAAUCAUAUAGCAUGCCCAGCUCGACAGAAGCUCUCUCCUUUGCUGAAGAACGACACCCUUUCCCCUAAAAACCGCGCCAUCCUUCCGUGCCUUUUAGAAGAAACGGGGGAUUCAAUUCAACUGAAAUGUGUAAAUGUGUAAUCAAACUUGAAAAGUCAUGGAUUUGUUAGCAUGGAUUUAUUUUCAUCAGGUUGUAAAAAAGGAGAGCAUUUGUCAGGUGGGGAAAGUAAGUCUAAAAGUGUAAUGGGGAACAGAGAAAUCACGCACGCACGCACGCACGCACGCACGCACGCACGCACCCCCCCCCCCAAGUAAGACAACUCUGCAAUAGAGAAUCAAUAACCAAUGCAGCAACUUUGAUAGGCAUUCCCAGGUAAUUAUACUGCCCUCACCAUUCAGCAAGGAGAGAAUCAGUCAGGUAGGGAAUGUAAUGAGGAACAGAGAAAUCACACACACACACACACACACACAGGGGUCUGUGUCCUACCACUCCUGAAAGCAAGAAGUUUCUAGACUUCCUCCAGUGUAAGUGCCGCUUAAGCAAAGAUCUUUCGGGUGAAGGGACUUAGAAUCAUAGAGUUGGAAAGGUCCAUGUGGGCCAGCUAGUCCGACUCUCUGCUCAGUGCAGGGUUGCCAAGUCUCAGUGGUCCUGCUAUGGGCUGCUUUCCUCAUCUGCUGGGGGGGGUGGGGUCCUUGGAGUCUGUCACUGAUGCUCCUUCCAGGAGUCUGGGAACUGUCCUUGGGUAUCUUUCUGGCCCGUUCCACACAGCAAAUGUAUAAUGGGCUGCAGUCAUGAUGAAGGAACCUGCUUUCCUGCUUUCCCAUUCACAUGCGUUCCAUGCAGGCAGCGAUUGGAGGCCACAGAAACAAUCCAGGUUGCUGUUGUGCCUUCUCAAGGAGUUGCUUCUCAUUUUUUAAAACUGUCCUGCAACACACGUGCAGCUGCGUAGGGAGGUAGAAAUGAAUCCCCGCAGCCGUACUGAUGUCCUACAAUACGACCGGCUACGCCUGCGUAGCUACGCAGCUGCAAGCCGCAGAUUUUAUUUAAUUUUUUUAAGAAAGGGGGCCUCCCUAGAAAGGCCAGGCAAUGGUGGGUAGCUUCUCUCUCUCUGUGGAGGAUGAGGUGAAAGGAAAAUAAAGUGCCUCCUAUGUGGCCGUUCACUCAGGGGCGGUUCCUACCUACAAUUUUUUCAAAAGAAUUUGGGGGGGGGAAUAAAUAGGGCAGACUCGUUUCGGGAUUGGGACCUGUGGCCUCUUAGCUCACAUUCCAUUCCCUCGCUGUAAUGAUCACAGUUUUUCUCUGGGAACUCUGCUUUUCCCUGAGAACUUGGCUUGCCAUUAUGUAAACAACCGAUUAUGUUCUACUAUCUGCUUCAACCGGUUCCAUUUGGCUUGGGAAGAGUGGGAGAGCUCUUGCGAGCAGUACCCCAGAGCUAGAAACUGAAUUAUAAGAUUGAAGACUUGGUAUACAACCGCCAUGCACCCAGAAGCAGGGAUGUCACGUGGAACACAGGUCACAUUCUUUUGCUAAUAGUUUUAGAUACUACAUCUGCAUAUAUCCGGCAGAUUCAGAGGAACCCCUUCAUCCAGCAAACGUAUUUACCCAUGACAGCGAGAAAGAUAACAGCUCCUGAAUACUCCUGCGUUCCUGUAAACAACCCAAAUGUCUGACCCCUCUUGGUUACACUGUAGGACACAAUGGCCUGACCACUUGAAUACGGAAGGACCAUAAACAUGCCGAUAUCAAUGCAGGAAUGUAGUCAUCAGGAUGCAGAUAAGCAGAGAGUUUUACAUCCACAGUUUACAUUGUUUGGGAACAUCCUGAACGUUUGGGAACUCCUACAGUUGUCUUGACGCGCGGUAAUUUGUUGCAACCCUAAAACCCCUUUGAAAUGUAUACGGCUUUGCUUUGAUGUGCUUUGCUGAAACCCCUUAUAAGCUCCAGUUUUGGGCCAGGUGAGUUGCAGCUCUCCUGGUGCUGACAAGUC